CCUUGGGUGCGCCUACCAUUUCCCCUCCCACCACCCAAGCCGACGAAGCCACGCGUCGUAUAAAACCACCACGGCAUAUCCUCCUCCCCUGCACCGCUUCUUCAUCUCCUCCUCUCCCACCCCCAUUCCACCACGGAUCCUCGACCAGUUCGAUCCAAUCCCGGUUCGCGAUGAAGUUCGGCAAGAGCCUGAGCAGCCAGAUCGUCGAGACGCUGCCGGAGUGGCGCGACAAGUUCCUGUCCUACAAGGACCUCAAGAAGCGGCUCAAGCUCAUCGGUGUCGGCGAGCGGCGGAGCAAGCGGCAGCGCGCCGGAGACGGACCACCGCCACCGACAAUGACGGCAGAGGAGGAGGCCGGGUUCGUCGCCCUCCUGGAGGCCGAGCUCGACAAGUUCAACGCCUUCUUCCUCGAGAAGGAGGAGGAUUACGUCAUCCGGCAGAAGGAGCUGCAGGACAGGGUGGUCAGCUCGGCGGAGGCGGGGUCGGCGGAGGAGCUGAUGCGGGUGCGGAAGGAGAUCGUCGACUUGCACGGCGAGAUGGUGCUGCUCGAGAACUACAGCGCGCUCAACUACACCGGACUGGUUAAAAUCCUCAAGAAGUACGACAAGAGGACCGGCGCCCUGAUCCGGCUGCCCUUCAUCCAGAACGUAAUGCAGGAGCCGUUCUUCACCACUGAACUCCUGUACAAGCUCGUGAAGGAAUGCGAGGCAAUGCUGGACCGGCUCCUGCCAAGAAGCCAACCGUCUGUGCCGAGCGAAGACAGCGACGGCGAUGACAAGCCUGCGAAGCCGAGCUCCUCGUUGGCCAACGGUGUCGUCGGCGGGGCCCUGGAGCUGGAGGAUAUCGAGGUCAUGGAGAGCAUGUACAUGAAGAGCACGGUGGCCGCGCUCAGGGCGCUAAAGGAGAUCCGGAGCGGGAGCUCGACGGUGAGCGCGUUCUCCCUGCCGCCGCUGCACGGGUGAACUGGACAGGAGGAGGAGCCGGAGCAGGAGAUGACUGAGCAGACUGGGAAGAGGUGACUGGGCUGAUGGAUAUCUUGUGUACGAUGCCUUCUCCAUGCUUGCACUGCUGCUAUUUCUUGCCUCUUGCUCGGAGUUUCGUUUAUUGCUCCUCCGUUUCUGCGCGAUGUACAGUGUUUGUUUUCACAUGCAAUCUGGGAACUGCUGUAUAAUUAGGGAUAAACGGAGUCUAAAGUAUAUACAUUAAUAACUCGCAAAGUUCAGCAUAAAUUUAUCUGGA